GAAGAAAUCCGCCUGAUGCAGGAGGCGCUUGGCUUGGGGAACCUCCGGGACACUGCUGGCCGGCUGCCAGGCCUCUGCAACCUAAGGACUCUGGCCAGUGAUGUGCAAAUGCUGAAGGAAAGGCUGGGCCUGUACCCAGACCCAGACGAGGUGACCAACAUGGUGCACUGGGAUGUGCUGGAGGAUUGCCUGGUGGGCAGCAAAGGAGACCAAGGAAGAGAUGGAGGAAGACCCAGAGGAGAACAAGAAGGAGACCAGUCUGCCACCACCAAGCCUCCCACUUCAGAUAUGGACAGCCCACAUGGGGCAAGCUCAGUGCUGGGAUCUAGAGACAGCUCGGUGGAGCUGAAGGAUCCAGGGACAGCUCUAACGGCCCCUAAGCAGCAGGCAAGCGUUCCCUCAGAUCAGAGGAGGAACGCUAGCACCACAGCGAUGAUGCAGACAGUGUGUCAGGACGCACAGACCAGCAGCUUGGGGACACAGCCAACCCAGCCAGAGUCCACGGGCACCCAGACCACCACCCUGGGGAUGCAGCCAGAGCCCACCGUCCCUCAGACCACCACCUCAGGGGAGCGGCUCGGCACACAGCUUCACGAGGCAGGCCCCCUGGCAGCAGGGACUCUCUUGCCGACAGCCCAGGGAUUCGAGAUCCCGCUCGACACUGAUCCCAGGGCCACGUCCCACUUGCAAGAGCUGGCCUUGCCCUCGCGCUCCAGCAGUGCCUACCACAACGCCUACAAUUGCUACGUGGAGACGGUGGAGGCUCUCAAGCAGAUUGGGGAGCUCAGACACCUCUGUGCUCCCCUGAAGGAGCAGGUGGCCCAGCUAGAAGCCACCAAAUUGGACGCGACUGAACUGGAGAAGCUGCGCCUGCUCCUCCAGGAGAGAGGCCAGGAGAGCGUUGCCAACACGCUGGGUGACCUCCAGGCCCCGGUGCCAUCCCUGCAGGGCCUGGCCAGUGACCUGCAGGGCUUGUCCAGGGACCUGCAGGGCGUGGCCAGGGACCUGCAGGGCGAGAAGGGAAAGAUCAGGAAGCUGGAGAGUGCCCUUGGCAAACUGGAGGCAGCCAGAGCCAGCUGGCAAAUGGACCUCAGCAACCAACGCAGCCUGCCAUUGGGGUCCACACCGCAGGAGGUAAAGUGGGACAGGAAGGAUCUGGCAGAGAAGCAGCAAAUAAGCAAGGCUGCACUGGAUCAGUUGGUGGCCCAGACGGGCGAGGAGGAGCGGGAGCAGCUGGAAGAGCUGAGCGUGAUGGAGAGCACGGGGCAGGAGGAGGCCGCAUGCCCCACCUGCAGCAGCAACGUCAGCACGCGUUUGGGGAAGCUUCUGCAGCGCUAUGAGAAGCUGCAGGGGUUGGUGGACUCCCUUAUGUCAAGCAAGAAGAGGGGCAAGGUGGUGAGGGAGCUGCCAGGGAAGAGCCAGGACCAGGAGACGCUGAAGCGUGUGCAGGCUGCCAUCCUGCAGAUGCAAGGGGAGUAUGAAAAGCUCAACUCUGUCACGGGGAGGCUCCUGGAUGACAGUCGGCAGCAGCAGAAAGAUAUCGAGGGUCUGUUCCAGUCCAUGGAGAGGCUGGAGAAGGAGAAGGCAGACAAGGAGGACCUGGAGCUGGGAAUGGAUGAGAAAGCAGAAAAGGGCGCCUUGGAAAGCAAAGUCAGUCGCACCCAAUUUGAGGCGAGCCUGGAGCUGCUGAACAAGAGAAACCAGGAGGUGCUGAGCCGGGUGACAGGCCAGGAGCAUGGGCUGCACGAGGUCCAGCAGCAGCUGCGGGAGGAGAUGGCCACCAAGCUGGAUCGCCUGGAGCUGGGGCCAUUCCAGCAACGGCUGGAGGAACAGUGGAAGAGCAGCCUUGAGCAGCUCAAGAAAAUGGCACCACUGACAGAAGCUGACGAUGCAGCUGGGAUUAGGAAGCAGCUGCUGGCGGAUUUCCAGUGCCUGUCUUGUGACAGGCAACUCAGCAUGCGGGUGCCUGGCUCGCCUAUCCCGCCCAUCCCACCACUUCCACCUCUGGUCCCUCGCAUCGCUGGACAAUCCCACCCUCUUUUAAAGACAGAGCAAACCCACAGGGAGCGGAUGGCUGCAUGCAGGUACCCCACCUUGCCACGGCAGUGUGGGGGCCAGCAUCCCCUCACACACCCGCUGCAGCGCAGCCUGCACCUCCAGCUUCUCCAGCCCAGCGCCCCACAGGCACUCCAGCCCUCCACCCUGCUUCCCAGCAAGGUAGGGAUGAAGAAAGAAGGGAUCCGGCGGGGCUGACUGAGGUUGGGAGGGCGAUGCUGAGCAUCUGGGGUGGGGGAGCCAUGCCUCAGUUUCCCCAGGAGAGAUGGG